UCUGAGAGAUCGGCACAGGGCUAAGCGCACAGAUGAGACUUGUCAACAUUGGGCUCUUAUGUUAUUCUCAGCAAUGAAGCAAUCAAACUGCCUACAGAAGAGCAAGAACUAGUCCAUUAGCUCAAUUUUCUAAGGAAAGGGAUAAAAAAAAACCAGUUCACUUUGAAGGUGGAAUAAAAACAAAGUAAGAGAGGGCGACCCACAUCGAAACACCGUGCUUUCCUCGGCCAAAGCGUCGUAGAAGUGAUGAAGAGCAUGCUUGCUACCAAGAGCGAGCUUUGACUGCACUGCGACGCGAACUGGGCACACUCGAUAUAGCAGACGACACAAACCAGGCGUGAAUGUCGAUCAAGCACUCAUCUGGUAUCGGUCUCACUUGGAGCAUUGUUUCAACCGCCCUCAUUGACUCAGGACGCAUUGAUCACUUCUCCGGUUGGGUUUUGGACUUCUUAUCUCUUGUGAUAACUUUAUCUCUGAUUCAGUGCUCAUUGAGGACCUUCUUCAUAGCCUGAAUCUAUCACUAGGAAUCCUUAUCAACAUUUCUUUUUAGAAAUUAUUCCACGCGUAGGGAUUCUUUUCGUAUAUCCUUGGAAGAGGUUUUCCUCCACCGGCUGUUAUACAGAUCGAGGGAUAAGCCGCUCGUUUUCUUGCCUCCACCUUGUGACAUUCCCCGGGCUAUCUCCGGCGGGAUACUAGACCAGCAAUCGCUAUGAUGGAACAUUCACUGUAUGGCCCCACCAGCGCCUCGAUGCUGCACCAUUACCCCGGGACUAUCGCGAGCCCAGCGCAUCAAUCCCCGUAUCAGAGAUCACUGGGCGGAUCAGGCAUGUCACUACCAAGCAUGCCCUACCACUCGGCCACAUCGGGGGGUGUACACCACCCCCACCAAGCACCCUCCCACCACACCCAAUUCCAGGACUGGAGCUCGGCCGCUUCGGCAGCAGGGUCACGUGGUCUCCACUCCGGGGGCGUGGCCCCCCACACACCAACUUACCGCAUCUACCCCCCAGCGGCGCACCACACUCCGACACACUCCGAUUACAUCUCCCCACACGACUUGGACCUCAUCAAGUCAUCGGGGACCGGCAUCGGCGGCGGCGGAGGCGGUGGGGGAGGAGGAGGAGGGGGAUCGCCCCCUGUGACCGCGUCCAGUCCGCCAAUCGUGUCGCCCACGGCACUGGGGCACCACCAGCAAACGACGAACUGUGCGGAUGAUCUCACGAUAAAAGGCAGCCCAGAUAGUAAUGGAAACGUACCAGGAGAGCAGGGAGGCUACAAACAGCUCGACCUGACGGCCAAACCUCGUAAGGAAAGGACAGCGUUUACCAAGGAACAGAUACGAGAACUCGAGAACGAAUUCAACCACCAUAACUACUUGACGAGACUUCGUCGAUACGAGAUCGCCGUCACACUCAACCUCACAGAGAGACAGGUGAAAGUCUGGUUCCAGAACCGUCGCAUGAAAUGGAAGCGCUGCAAAGGAGCUCGUGAACGAGAACUGGCCGAAAAACGUCUGCAAGCUAUGGAGGUCAAACUUGGAUUACCACCCGGAAGCUCUAGUGGACUCAACAAUACCCUUCCGGGUAACCUGGCCAACGCAAGCAGCAUCAUCUCAAAUCACAGUUCGGAUAGCGCCUGUGGUUUAGACAACGGUUCGGACGCGAGCAAUUACGGCGGUUCGGAUAAUGGAGACCCGAAUAGUCCGCCUCACCCGCGGUUAGACCGAAUAGACAUAAAGGAAGAUUAUGACUGAGCGUGGAUGAUCGCAUCGUCACCAUCAAGAACAUUUUAGAGAGAGAGACAUGACACCCCAUGCAUCAUGCUAAGACUAUGUUUUAAAAUAGAACAUCACAGGGUUUUAUGUAGACUUUAUUAUGCAUGACGGGGAGAAAGUCUUGCCAGUUGCAAAAAUUUGUGGAGGAUGUUUACAAGCUUGUAUGAUGGAAGAUAAUUAAAGAUGUGAUUUUGCAAGAGGAACUGUCAAACUAAAAAUGAUGGUCAAUAAGAGUCGUGAAAGUGAAAGUCGGGAAAAUUAUUGCAAUGGCCAAAAUGGCGGUCGAGUGACAGAAAGAUGAAUCCUUAUGAGAUUUGUUUUUGUUAUUAUCUCUGAAGAAAACAAAUCUUUGAUUUUUAUACUAGCCUAGCCAUUAUCAGAAACCACCCUACACCAAAGUGUCGAAGUUAACUCGACUGUACUAUACAAGCCAGUACUAAUGUCCACAAAAUACAAAGACGGGAAAUCGUUGCCGCCUCCCUCCCCCGAAACUAUGGUCUGGCGGUAUUGGUCUGAAAAUGGCACCUCGUUUCUGAGGUCGCAAUGUAUAACAUUUUGUAGAAUUUGGCUGAGAUUAAAGGGGAAAAAAACUUGUUUAAAAAAUACAAAACAGAGCAUUGAUAAGUGUAUAAGACGUUUUCCAUUUCAACAUUUUUGAAGCUGAUGAUUUGGCUGAGAUGAAUUUGGCAUAUCAUAAUGAUUGUUGGCUUUGUUGCGUUGUCGCAUGCACAAAUUUUUAGUACUUACUUUAUCAAGAGGAUGAAUAACAUUCAUUCCGCUUUGCUCCUAGGAAAUAGUACUGUGAACUUAUUAAGUUACUUUCUUUGUAAUGUUCUUUGAUUAUGUUGAACUCUACAUUCACUCGUCGUUGGAGAAAUCAAUUAUCAGAUAACAAGGGAAAUUAUGUCAAAACAUCUUCUAAAAUAUAGGUGCAAUUAAAAUGAAACGUUUGAAAGAAAUUCGUCAUCAUCAUAACUAUGAUAUAUUUACAUGGUAUGAUUAAAUUCGUUAUGAUUUUAUUGUUAAGGAGAUCGACCUUAAACCAUACCUUGAAUGAGAACGAGAAGACAAUUAGCUCUUUUAAAGAAACUUGUCGUUUCAUUCUGUCAUGAAAUUAUUGACUUUUGAAAAAUCGUAUUUGAUGUUUUUUUCUACGCCCUCUCAAACUCGAGUGGUUUAUUCUUUUUAUCUUUAAUCUUUUGAUUUUUAUUGCGGAAAUUUGUUACUGUUUAAAAUACAUCGAAUUGGUCAAUAUAGUUUGGCCCAUUUUUUUCAACAUAAUUAAUCACGUCUGGUUUAAGCCUGAUGUAAAAGGAUUGUCCCAAAAUUAAUUUGAUGCGUAUGGAUGUUGACACAAUCAUCUGUUUUGUAGCAUAGGCAUAUUUAUAAAGAAAAAAAAUACAGAACUUUUUUUUGUUAGAAAUUAAAAACGACCAUGUGAAAUAUGACCAAAAUCAGAGAGAGAGACAAUGUAGACGAUAGGUCCAUGACGUGGCAAAAGAACAAAGAACACGAUAUGAUUACAAGAGGAUCAGACUUUGCAAUAUAAUGUACAUUAGUAUAUAAAAGGGCAUAGUACUUAAAAAAUUAUAUAAUAGUACUUAAAAGUCAUUAAAAGUUAUAGUACUUUAUUGAAUAAUGUCAUAACAUAAUUAUGUACUAACACAAAGAUAAAUCAAUGAUUAAUGUUUGGGCGUUGAUAUCUCUCAUUUAAGAUGAGUUGAUAAAUCUAAUUAUGAUCAUGAAAACAUGUGAUUAGAGUACUCCUUAAUAAUGUGGCAUAGAAAGAAGUAAAUAAUAAAAAACAGCCCCCCCCCAAAAAAAAAAAGAAGCUAGAAUUCCAAACCAAAUUAAGGCCGAUUGAGAGAUAUAUAGAUCAUUGUUUUAGAAAAAAAAUAUUGCCGCAUUUUCUUUUAACCUACUGUUCACGGAGAGCCAUUUUAGUUUUUUUUUCGUGCUAGCAAAUUUGCUCCGAAACAAUCAGUUGCCUGUAUUUCAGUAAUUUAUAACAAUUAAAAUUCAAUGGCAAUUGUGAACAUUUGCCUCUGGAAAUUUUCCCAAGAUAAGCGGCACAAUUUGUGAUUGGAUAAUCAUUAUAACAGAAGUACUAUUACUGUGAAUGAAAUAAACAUUUUGUUCCUGAUAUACAAAUAAUAAUGAUGUAUGAUUUUUAAAAUAUGUUUUAAAAAAUGAGAUAUCUCUGUAAUAUUUUGAUGGGUUUGAGAAGCAUCGUGACAUUAUACAUGACAGCAUAAUGUCGUUUAUCGACCUACUAACAUGACCAAUGCUGCUAAAGUCAGACCAAUGAAAUAACUUUCAAUCCGACAGAAGAUAAUGUAAUUCGAUUGAAGUAAUAAUAGCUUUGAUCGAUCUGGCUUGGUUUGUUGGUGUGACAUUGCCAUGUGGAUUUUUUUUGCGCCAUUUGUCAUGUUUGAUGGUGUCGUCAAGUUAAAAGUAAAAAAAAAAGACUCCUUCAUUGGUGAUUUGAACAAAACUUGACUUUCGAAAUAAAUGCCAGGGAUUGGCAUCAGGGAAGGACUAUAAAAUCAUGAUGAAAAAAGUAAAACAACCAUCGUCAAGUGAGUAGGCCAUGCAUUCACUCACUUGUUUCAUUUUUAAAUGAAAAUCCUUUCUAAUCACAAUAGUCCAAUACACGUAAUUCGGAUAUGCUGUAGAUGAUAUAAAGAUAUGCACAGAACUAUAUAUGCAGCUAAAACGGGUAAGAAAGAAACUCCAUCAUAUUUUGUUGCAGUUGAACUACUUAGAGCUUUUUGUUUUCGAAUAAACAGUGAGCUGAAAUGAUCUGACAAAUUUUGCUCUUAAUAUCGACCGCGAGACACUUAACAGAAAGUACAAAAUGUGGAAGAUAAAAUGAAUAUCGUAUGAACUAUUCAAGGAAUACAGGCACUGCAAGUCGGUACGGUACCUGAUGUGUAUAUGAAACUGUAGAAUGUAUUGUACAGUAAUUAUUGUCGUCCAGAUUUAGGGCAUAUUGUUUAUACAUUUACCAGUCGUUUGCUGUUUGACACAUGUUUUUGUUCUAAUAGUGAUGAUAAAACACGAUGUUGGAAAUUAAACUUAUUAUGUGACAACA